AUGAAGCCUAAUCGCCAGGAGAAAGAGCAGAGCGAAUACAGGCUGCCUACAAAUGUCAAGCCGACGCACUAUGAUCUCACGUUCAAAACUGACUUGAAGAAGGCUACGUUCGAGGGCGUUGUCAUAAUCGCCCUUGAAGUUAAGAAGGAUACGUCGACAAUCACGCUCAAUGUAUCGCGUCUAGAGCUAACAAAUGCCACCAUAUUGUCCGAAGAGGGGGAGAAACCUGUAGCCGUGGUGCAGACAGACGAGGCGCAAGAGCGCGUCACAUACAAACUGGAUGAGAAGCUUCCGUCUGGUUCUCAAACAAAACUGAAGAUAUACUUCUCUGGGAAGCUAGGAGGAAACAUGAUGGGCUACCUUCGCGGCUCUUGGGAAUAUGAAGGAAGAACUGAGUACUAUGCACUCACGCAGUUUCAGCCCACCGCAGCUAGGAGCGCUUUUCCGUGCUGGGACGAACCUCUCCUAAAAGCGACGUUUACUAUCACCAUGAUAUCGCGUGCUGAUACCGUAAGCUUGAGCAACAUGCCUGCUCUAUCAGAACAGCCAAUUCUCGAGGGACUCGACGCCGAGACAUGGAAAAUCACAAAAUUUGAUACUACCCCUCCAAUGUCGACAUACAUCGUGGCGCUGGCGAACGGUCCAUUCAAGUUUUUGGAAAAGUCGGUCGUCAUGCCGCUCAGCCGCAAGACCAUCCCUCUCCGGAUUUACACUUCUCCCGCUAAAGUCAGUCAAGCCGAAUUCGUCUUAGGUGUUACUGCGUCUGUUCUUCCCCUGUACGAAAGAAUACUCGGUGUCGAGUACCCGCUUCCUAAACUUGAUACAGUUGCAGGAAACAUCGUAGACGGUGCCAUGGAGAACUGGGGUUUAAUUAUCGGCCGCUCUGCUGCCUUCUUACUUGACACUGACAACGCAGACCUGCUCGCCAAGAAGCGGGUGGCGUCUACGCAAAGCCAUGAAAUAGCACAUCUUUGGUUUGGCGAUAUCACCACUAUGGAAUGGUGGAAUUAUCUCUAUCUCAAUGAGGGAUUCGCGACUUUGAUUGGCGAAGUAAUCGUUCUAGGUGAGGUGUUCCCGGAAUGGAAAGUAAACUCCAAGUUCAUUACCGAGCAUCUUAACCCUGCGUUGAAUCUCGAUGCAAAAUUAUCUUCUCAUCCCAUCGAAAUGGAAUGCCCUGAUACGGAGUCAAUUAACCAGAUGUUCAACCUUUUAUCCUACCAGAAAGCCGCUUCAGUCUUCCGCAUGCUAUCGUUCUACGUGGGGGAAGAUAAAUUUUUGGCAGGUGUGUCGGCUUACCUCAAACGAAAGCUUUAUGAGAAUAGCGUUACUCGUGACCUUUGGGAUGGGAUAAGUUCAACUACUGGGCUUGAUAUCGCAGAGCUUAUGGAUAACUGGAUAACCAAGACUGGGUUUCCUGUUGUGACCGUAACGGAGAGCGUCGGUGGAAUCACAGUUCGUCAAGAUCGGUUCCUAGAAUCCGGUCGUGAGCCGGAGUACGACAAUGACACUCUCUGGAAUAUCCCUGUGGCUUUAGUAUCGACAAAACCCGGGAAGGUGUGGGGAAGGAAAAUUGUCAUCGAUAAAUCCCUAGUACUGAGAGAACGGGAAAUGAACAUCGCAUUGGACACAACUAAACCAUUUAAACUGAACGCGGGGACUAAUGGAGUGUUCAGGGUUUUGUACACUCCUGAGCGCUUGUCAUUGAUAUCUAGGGAGGCAGCAAAACCAGAUUCUAUCUUUAAUGUGGAUGAUAGGAUAGGGCUGGUCAAUGACGCCGCAGCACUGUCAAAGGCCGGUUUGCUAAAACUAAGCAACACACUUGACCUGAUUUCCCAGCUAAAGGACGAAAAAGAGUAUCUUGUCUGGCAGGCUAUCGCAGAAACCCUGUCUUCCGUACGCGAUGUUUGGUGGGAAUAUCACGAUAUUGUCGAAAAGCUGGACGCAUUUCGUCGUUCGUUGUUUGCCCCUCUGGUGGAAAAACUUGGGUACCGGUAUCCCAAGGGAGAGGCGAUAGAUAAAAUGCUUCUCAGAACGCUGGCUGUUGAGCAUGCAUAUCAGGCGGGUGAUUCAAGCGUCGUCGGCGAAUUGUUGAAUCGAUUCAGGGCCUACCAAAAAACGGGAGACGAAACAUUGAUACCACCUGAUCUUCAAGGUUCUAUUUACUCGGUGGCAGUUCAACAUGGCGGUCGUGAGGAAUACGAUGCCAUAGUGAAGAUUUACAAUAAACCAAAAACUCCCGGUGAGCAAUACUCGGCUGCGCGUGCCUUGGGAGCGCCGCGAAAUCUCUCUCUGAUCCAAGAGACAUUCGAUUUCAUCUCCCACAAGGCACAGAAUCCCGACGUUGGCACGAUUUUCAACGCUUUGGGAUCCAACGCUAUCGCACGCCGACCUUUCACGAAAUAUGUACAGGACAACUAUGAUACGCUUUACGCCAGGUUCAAAGGGUCAUUUUCUUUGAAAUUGCUUUUCCCUGCCGCUAUAUCGUUCUACUCAACUACUGAGGAUUACGAAGGAGCAGUGAAAUUUUUCCAAUCUAAGGAUACAUCGGCGUAUAACCAGACCCUCGAACAGGCGUUGGAUGGAAUUCAGACUAGAAUCAAAUAUAUUGAGAGAUCAACUGAAAACUUGAAGGAUUGGCUCUCUGAGGAGUGA